UAUACAAUUGCUUGUGUUUUUUUUAUUAACACAGUUUAUUAUUAUUAAUUUGUGAACAUCAACAGUGUAAAUUUUGUCCUCUGUAAGCACAUUUCAUACAGGAAUGAGAAAAAGUGUUUCCUUUAACUGUUAAAGCUCAGCCAUGUACAUGCAGACAUGCACUGAUUGCUGUGAUAUUGUAAUUGGUUAGGCUAGUAUCCUUAAGAAAGUUGCACUGGCUGGUUUUAUAUCUUUUAUGUUGCUAUUUCCUAACAUGGAGUGAUGUAUAGAGUGCAAUGCAGUACGGGGCAGACAGACAUUCUGCAGGCUGAUAUGAUCUGAAUUCUUAUCUAAAGGUCAACAUGCAAGCACCAGAUGAUAUUUGUCAAGUUUUAGAUUGUCCUGAUAAUGAGGUGUUUUAACCGCAUGCUUUAUUAAUCUGUCAUAACUUUAUUGUAUAUAGAUAAGGCACAGUAUGAUUUUAUUUCAGACUUUGAACAUCUCAGGAAUCAGAUACGUUAUCUCAAAGAAGUCCUUACCAAUUUCCUUUUAAAUGUGAAUGAAAUGUAAAAUAAACUUAAGGUGUUACUGGAUUGGUGUCCUAUGUAUGUGCGUGGUCCUGGCUCAUUCCCAGUGUUCCCAGUAUAGACUCCAAUUCCAGCACAAUACUCCAGGUUCUUAAGUUUCCUCCCACCUUAGAAAUCUUUCUGAUCUAAAUCAGCUAUGGGUAUGAGUGAGUGUGUGAAAAUGUGUGUACAGUGCCCUAUGUUGGACUCGUCCAAUCUUCCAUUUGAUAGUAAUCCUCGGAUCCACCACAACCCUGAUCAGGAUCAAGCGGUUAGUGACGAUAAGUGGUUAAAUGAAUAUUGACCCUCUUGCAGUUUGUCAGAAAUGAACAAAGAUUCCACGUUUCUUUUAUUUCUAUUGACAUUGUUGUUUUUCAUUCAGUUUGGUAUAUAAAUAGUUCAUAUAACUGACACAGUGAGUUCACCAGCGGUUGUGCUUAAAACAUUGAACUUAAUUUGGUUAGAAAAGUGUAUGUUUGGUUAUAGUGAGCGAAUUGUCAAAGGCAGUCUAAAAUUCAAAUGCCUACAUUUAUACAGUUCUUUAAAUCAAUAAUCCGUUCCCUCUAUUCCACUCUCCAUCCCUCCCCUCGCUGUCAGGACUGUUCAAGCAGAAUGUGAUUGGAUUCCCGCGUUGCCAUUCACAUGCAAAGACACUCAAACAUACACACACCACACGGCAACACCCACACAGCCAGCACAUUGUACGUUUCUAAACCAUAUGGAGGGGAUUUGGUCCGUGUGCGUUUGUAUGAGGUUGAUAAGCAUAUAAAUAAUAUCAGCACAAAAGAAUAAGAAUAAUAAACGCUUGACUUUGCAUUGUGAGUGGAGCCACAUGUGCGUGGAAUCUAAAGGCUGCUCCUGGGUUGUUCUAAUGAAAGAGAGCAGUGUAUGGUGAGAUCCGCUCUGCUGCAUUUAUCUUCAGCCGUGAGUUUUUUCCGCCAAAUUUCACAGCAUGUCGGGAAUCUACGAUGAGAGUCUGGCAUAUGAAGAGACAACAGACAGUUUCUGGGAGGUGGGGAAUUAUAAGCGAACAGUAAAGCGCAUUGACGAUGGCCACCGGCUCUGCAACGACCUGAUGAGCUGCAUACAAGAGCGUGCCAAAAUAGAGAAGGCCUAUUCACAGCAGCUAACAGACUGGUCUAAGAGAUGGAGACAGCUAGUGGAAAGAGGGCCACAGUAUGGGUCAGUAGAGAGAGCCUGGAUUUCAGUGAUGAAUGAAACAGAGAAGGUAAGCGAGCUUCACCAGGACAUAAGGAACAUUCUGCUAAAUGCAGACUUGGAGAAAGUGAAAAACUGGCAGAAAGACUCCUACCACAAACAGAUCAUGGGGAGCUUUAAGGAGACCAAAGAAGCAGAGGAAGGCUUUAGAAAGGCUCAGAAACCAUGGGCCAAAAAGCUUAAAGAGGUGGAGGCUGCAAAGAAAGCAUACCAUAUUGCCUGCAAGGAGGAAAAGCUUGCCUCUAGCCGAGAAGCCAACAGCAAGGGAGAAGCAUCGUCUACCACUGCCGAGCAGCAGAAGAAGUUCCAAGAAAAGUUGGACAAAUGCAAAAGUGAAGUUCAGAAGGCCAAAGAGAAGUAUGUGAAGGCUCUGGAUGAGCUGAGAAGUUGUACGCCACAGUAUGUGGAAAACAUGGAGCUGGUGUUUGAACAGUGCCAGCAGUUUGAGGAGAAAAGACUGGCCUUCAACAGGGAGGCGUUGCUGGAUAUCAAGCGCCAUCUUAACCUCACAGAGAACCAAAGCUAUGCCACAAUUUACAGGGAGCUUGAACGAACUAUCACAUCUGCCAGUCCUCAAGAAGACCUCAGGUGGUUCAGCAGCAACCAUGGCCCAGGCAUGCACAUGAAUUGGCCACAGUUUGAGGAAUAUAACCCAGAAUUGAGCCACGCUAUAAACAAGAAAGAAAAACUGAAAAAGAACCAUGAUGUUGUUACACUCACCCAUGUCAUGACUGCUGGGGAUAAUCACUCAUCACCACAGGUUGAAAACCGUAGCAGCGUAAGCAGUUAUGAAAAGAACCAGGCAUACUCGGGAGAUUGGUCGGAUGAAGAGCAGGCAGCUGCAGAGACCAAUGGAGCCACCAACCCAUUUGAGGAGGAAAAAAGCCAAGGAGUGCGAGUCAGGGCACUUUAUGAUUAUGAAGGACAAGAACAAGAUGAGCUCAGCUUCAGAGUGAUGAACUGACUAAACUUGAAGAUGAAGACAACCAAGGCUGGUGUAAGGGACGGCUGGACAACGGUCAGCUCGGACUGUACCCAGCCAAUUACGUCGAGCCCAUUUAAGUGCCUUGUGUGGGAAAAUUGUCUUCAUUCGGGAAUGACCUAAAAAACUGUACUGCUCACUGUACAUAACCAGAGACUCCAAUGACUUUCCCUGAAACAGAACCUUAUACAUCCUAACAGUUGAAGAGAUGGAAACUUUGAAUGUACAAAAAGUAUACUGUAUCUGUUUUGUUCAUCUACACAAUAGAUUUGGGUUAUCAGAAAUGAACCAUUCCCACAUGCACUGUUAUUUUUCACAUCCCUUUGUGUCUGUAGCCUGUAUUUCUGUAAGAUAUUAAUAUAAUGCAGUCCAUGAACUCUUGCAUAGCAAAGCAUUAUGCAAUAUGUAUAUUUUAUUUGUUUUAGGUGUUGUAGUGACAGUUUUACUAUUGUUCCUAAUUUUGGCCCUGGUUUAUUAGCUACCUGGGUUAUAACAUGCAUUUACAUGUCCUUUUAUCUCUUAUUUAUUGAUUAUAGGUUUAUAUAAUGUGCGAUAUAUUUUCUGUAUGUACUGCAUAAUGUGGUCACAUAUUGUUUGGCAUGUGUUAGUGUUUUCACUUUACUUCAACCUGCAAUGCAGUCUGCAGGUUUGUAUAGCUGUGGCACUUGUUUUUAAUCAGUUUAUUUCAUGUGCAUAAGUUUGUGUUCUACGAGUGCUGUCAUUAAGUCCCACUAGACUAAGCAAAGUCUCAUAAACACUCAUGCUUUCAUAGCAAGCACUUUUUCAAUGACCAAUUUCUAGCCGUACAUUCUUUAUGGCAAAAGUGUCAUGGUAACAUCCCCACUGACAAACGAAAUAAGUGUAUCUUUAAUAUGUAGCUCUCAUUUACACAUUUUUAAAUGAAACCAACAGUACAGUCAAAACCUAAAUUAUUUUUUAUCCUUAAAACUCUUGAUAUGAGUGCCUAAUAACAUUGAAAACCAUUUUCUGCCAAUGUCCUUGUAUUAUGAAAUUUCGCACUGGUACGUAUAAAGGACAUAUGCAUAUGCCUUAGGGUAAAAUGUACUAGGUAAUACGUGAAGGUGAUACUUUAUCUUAAGGUUGGCAGUGCACCUUGCAAUGAAUAUUGCAAUUUAAAUGAUCAUUGCCAGCAGGGUUUAGUCAGUAUUAGCAAAAGUAGCACUUCUGUAAAAAUAUUCCCUUCAACACUUUAAAACCUUAUCUGUUGUGUUUGGCCAAUACUAAGGGCAUUGAGACGGGAACAUCGGCAAAAUCUGAGUGUGUUUAAGCUUAUGUAUAAUCGGGUUUACUUCUAAUGCCGGUGUGAUGACUGUUCAACUGUUUGGUUUAAAAUUAAAGCCUAAUCUCUCACGAAUUAACAGUGUGGUGUGUCUAACUUUUCUCUAGCUGGCUUUAUAGAUCACAGCAGAACAGAAAACCACCAUGUCCAAGAUCACCACUAGGGAGCACUGCUCCAAUAGCUUUUCUGGGCCUGGUGUUUACAACGUCCUGAACAGUUCUUGUCUGCUUUUCAUGCUAAUUAUAUGUCAUUAUACUGUAAUUAUAUGUAACGCAUUCAAGAAAUACAUGACAUGACAAGGUAUUUGAUUAGUGACUUAUGGAGUAAUAACUGCUAUACCAUAAAUGUAAGAUUUUUGUACAUGUCUAACUAUAUGAACUUUACUAUUUAAAACUGAAUGACAUUAA